AGACGAAGACGACGAAGAAGAAGAUGUCAACGGAAAUACAUUCUUCUUUAAUUUCAGAAUCACCAGACGAAAACAGUCUGUUCGUGGACGUACUGCAUGAAGCACCUCUAUCCGGUCAUAGGAAGCCUACGAGCCUCAUUGGGAGUAUUUUCUACUGUUUCUUAUUGGCAAGCUUUGCUGUUUUGGCGGUGGGAGCUACAUGGAUAUUUCACCCGAUAAAAGGAUUAGUGUUCCCACUUCUUUGCAGCUGUAAUGUUGCCCUUCUUGUUGUCACAGGCAUUUUUCAGCAAUAUUUGGUCUAUCAAGUCAAGAAAAUACGGUUACAGGGGUACUAUAUUUUCAGCCAGAAACUGAAGCAUAUUAUUCGCCUACCAUUUGCUACAAUCGCAUAUGGAACCGCUGCGAUGCUGCUUGUCAUGGUUUGGGACCCACAUAUUGGCAUCCUCUCUAUGUUGACACUAUUCAGGAUCGUCAUGCUGACGGAAGUAGUAUGUGUUAGUUCUUUCAUGACAGUCUAUAUUGGUUGCGUUCACCAGUACAAUUCAUUGGAUUCCCAGCCCGAUGUUUUAAAGUCACUUUAUUCUCCACUUCAACCAUCAAGUUCUCUGGAAGGUUUGAGGUACCAGGACGGUGGUCGACUGUCAGAUCAGCAGAUGGCGUUGUUGCAAUAUCAGCAAGAAAAUAUACACUUUUUGGGUGAGGAGAUUCUUAGACUGCAAGAAACCUUAAGCAAAUUCGAAAGGUCUAAUGAUGGGACUGCACCUCAGGUAGAUCUUGCUCACCUGUUGGCAACUCGAGAUCAAGAGUUACGUACACUCAAAGCUGAGAUGAAUCAAUUACAAUCUGAGCUGAGGCUUGCUCAAUCUAUUGUAGAGGAGAAGGAUGCUGAGAUUCAGCGUAUUCGCAAUGCAAACAAUCAGUAUGUAGAAGAAAACGAGAGACUCAGAGCUAUUCUGGGAGAAUGGAGCAGCCGAGCAGCUAAGCUCGAACGUGCUUUGGAGCUGGAAAGGAUGUCAAACUUGGAACUGCAGAAAAAAAUAACCACACUGAAGAUUCAAAUGCGUGAAUAGUUCAGCCUGACUAACUGCUAGAUCUUUUGCUGUGUACAAUAGAUCCUUGUGGUUCGGCUCUUCCUUGGACCUUGUGCAUAGCAGGAGCUUCCUUUUCAGAUCUUUUGCAAUACCAUUCUUGGAAAACCUAAUGGUCCCAUCUGCACAUGUACAGAUUAAGCUCAGACGUUUGCUCAUCUUUCAGACUUUCAGCUUUGUAUAGUUUUUUCCACUACUAUUUAUCUCAUAUCUUUUCUUCUUAUAUUAGGUUUCUUUUGGAUGAAUCUGUUCUAACAAUUUGCUUUCACUGUAAAUUAGUCAUUUUAUUGCCAUA